AUGGAACCUCGUGGCAUUGUUUAUUUUGGUGUUUGGAUUAAACAAACUUCAAAAGAUGAACAUUUCAGAAAAGCAGCAGCCUUACGAAAAAACACACAACAGGAACGUGUCGCUCGACUCAAUGAAGCAACGUUCGCGGAUCGAAAUCUCAUGGAUAUAUUUGCAUCGUCGAACACACCAGCGGCUGUACCUACAACUGCUAGAAUUGAACAAAGUAGACCAACUACGGCUUUUAAUAAAAAUACUCAAAAACCAGUAGUGCAAGAUCCCUUUCUUCAAACCAAUCGCAUGGAUGACAUUGAUGCUAAAUAUUUUUCAACAAAGAGCACAAAAGUCUCACAGUUGAAUUGUUCAAAUGCAUCAAAACCAUUUCAAGAAUCACAAAGUACGAGAUUACUUUUUACAUCAACACCAACAAUGUCUCUCGCUCUGCCCACGACCACGAUUGAUUUAAACUUAUCAAAACCAACUGUCGAACAACAAUUUUCCAACGCAGCCAGCACUACUUUAUCUAAACAGAGAAUAUCGCCAUCGCAAUAUCUUAGUGCUAAUCCGACGUUUCUCGCGUUUUUAAAACUGUCAAAAUUCCGUACCAAACUCAUUGAACAAUUAAAAGAGCUUUACAAUGUAGAUUUUAAGGUUAUCAAUGACAGCAGUGAAUCGGCUUUGAAUAAGACGUUGUUUGAUGUGCAACUGAUCGGAGAACAAGCAGAAAAGACUACCGCAGCUCGAGCUGCAGUUGUUAGUUUAAUAGAUUUAUUGCAACAAAAGACUUACGAUGAACAAACAGAUGAAUCAACGAUUGUCGACAUUAUAAAGAAGAAUUUUCUCUCAAAAAUAUUUCAAUCACCAACUGACUCAACAAAUGACACAAGUAGAUUAUCGAGAGAAAUUCGUACCCUAGUACAGAAUAUUUUGUUAAACUAUAAAGCUAGCGUCUUACUGGUUGUCGAACAUCGUCAAAUUUUGUUAUUCGGUGUUACAAACAAGGUUAACGAGUGCUAUGCAAAAUUCGAUGAAAUCAAAGAAAAAGGUGUAAUGAAAACAGUCAAAAUAGCCUUAAAAUCACAUCAGGUAAAAUAUUUGCAAAAUAUUCGCCAUCACGAGUUAAGACAUAUAGAAGCUGAAUAUAAAAACGAAGGUGUUAUCAUUUGUAAUAAGAUCCAAAAUUGUGAGUUCGUUACCCCACAACAUUUACAUAUGGAAAUUGAAUCAAAAAUAUUGAAAUUAGCCAGUCUAGACGAAAUUACAUUUCAGAUUGAAGACAUGAGCUUUUCAAGCCCUUCUGCCAAAAUGGAAUGUCAAAAAUUCAUUGAAAUUGGACGGCAAAAAGAAUGUUAUGUAGAAACUACAGUUGAAAUAACUAACAAAAAUUAUACCAUACCGAGAAAUGACUUUAUUGGUAGUGGUGGAAUCUCGGCUCAGUGUAUAGCGAGAAAAAAUGGAAAAAUUGAGAUUUGUGUUGGUGAUUUAACACAGCAAUUGGUUACAGUAGCAUCGGCCAACAAAACUAAACAGUUGGAAUGUCGAAAAGAAAUUGAAAAUCAUAUUAAAACUUCGACACUGAUCAGGGAAAGACGAAGUGAAGAUAAUUUACACAAGUGGACUCAGCUGACGAUCAAUGAGUAUUUCAAGUUUUGCGUAGAACGUUAUGUGCUACUGCAAAUGGACAUUAUUAGCGGCUGGCUGAAGUUGUCCGGUCCGAAAGACGGUGUUCUAGAAGCUGAGACCAGAUUUUCAGACCUGAAUAGUCGAAUAAGCGAGGACGAACGAUUAGAAGAAGUUGCCCGGCAAGUUGUAUGGGCUUAUCAAAUGUCAGAAACCACUUGGGAAAAAUAUAAUCCAAAGUUAAAUGCUAAGAUUGAAGAUGCCAGACGAGCUAAACAUCCUGAAGUGAGUUGA